CUUUGCGUGUGUUGUUGAGAUACAGAUAGGUUUGCGAUGCCUUGCACUUUGCGCCAGCGGGGACUGUCCUAUCGGCCACGUCGUGAAAAGGAGAAGGAUGUGCUGGCCCCCAAGCCAGUGCAUCCGCGUGCCUUGCGCUUCCAUGGAUUCUUUGGCAUGUCCUAUGUCCGCCAGCAUGUGAUGGUCGAUGAUCGCUGGACACCCAAUUCACUGACAGAGCAGUUCAAGGGAAUGACCGACCUGUUGGCACGCCGCUUGGUCUUCAAGAGUCAUGAAUCGAAGGCCAAUCGUUUGCGCUACUUCCGCGAGAAUAAACGCCUUAAGCGGCAAUGUCGCGAUGGCCGCACAAAGUUGCAGAAUAUUCUGACCAAUGAUAAUACCCACAAGAUACGGAAUUUCCUGAUUAACCACAAGGACAUGCAGCGGUUGUACCAGAAGAUGCCGAUCCAUCUGGUGGUGGACAACAUCAAUCAGCGGACCUUUGUGAUGCGCAAGGAGCGAGAUCGUCUGGAGUUUCGUUUGGAUCAACUGAAGAAGCAUUACAAGGAUCUGCUGCUUCGACGCGCUGUGUUGGAAAACCGCAUCAAAUACCAAAAUGAAUUUGUAUUAGACGAAGAGCUCAAGUCUCGGGUAUUCCUCAAGAAAAUCGAGAACUCUAAUGUGCGUAUCAAGGCCAUUAAGACUAUUAACAAUACCUACAAAAAAAUGAUACAAGUCCUAGUACAUGAUGAGAUCUUUUAUGAGCCCAUUUUGCGCUCCCUAAGCGGUGACAUGGAAGAUCAGUCCAAUUUUAUUAAGCACAUACUGUAUCUUGGAAUGCCGGCCAUUUCAAAGUUCAAGGAACUCAACGACGAGUAUCGACACAUGGAGGAUAAGUCACGCAAGAAUCUGCAAAUGAAGCUACAGAUGUUGGCAUCGCUGAAGAAGCCGCCAGUGACGGGAUCAGUGGUGCACACGAAGGUCAAGGAGGAGGCACCGCUCACCGCCAAUUUGAAACGUUAUGUGCGAGAGACACAGAGCAUGAUGGUACUCAAAUUGGAGCUCAAAUCGAUUGAGAAGACCAUCAAAGAGGUCAAGUUUGUGACUCUGUGCUCGCAGGCCAAGGAGAUAUAUCCAAGAAUGAAGAGCCAAGUGGACAACAAUGAAAAGCUGCAUCGCAUGAUUGUCAACGAUAUGCUGGCCCACGAAAUGCUGGAAACCAAAAUGAAAUGUGCCAGCGUCCUAAAGGGUGUGCUGGUCAAUAAUCUUUCUGAAGAAGAAAUCAACCGCCUGGAGCGCAUUAAGGACUUGAAGAAAAUGAUCCGCAAAGAAGAGGAAUUCGAGCAGGAUACACUGCAACAUCUUAAGAAUCGUGCAGAUGCGUAUGUCAUGCUGAGAAUGACAAUUUGGAAUCUUGUGGAAAUACUGCGUCAUGUGGAUCGUCAGCCCAAAUUGCUGCGUGCACAGUACCCCAAUUCCUACUUGAAGUUGCCGCUGCUUAAAUUUGAAAUGCUUAACAUGAGGGCUGCAGCACCAGAGCUCUACGAGGCGAACAUUGACAACAUCAUGCACAUUGUGAAGCGUAAGGUCUAUAAGUUGAUGAAGGGCUACACUGUGGAGCUUCGUCCUGCCACCAUUAAGCGUAAUGUUGAGGAGUAUCAUGCCGAUUUCCUUGCGAGUCUGGACAUGUUUGAGCCCAUUGAUAAUGAUGACCAGCAGCAGGCCGUGCCCGAGGAGGAUCUCCUGCAGGAGAACAAGACGAUGGCCAAUGUACCCAAUCGCAAACAGAUCAAGGCCCAAAGUGCCAAGCUUGUGGAGGAAUUAUCCAAGCGUGAUGAAUAGAAUUAGUUUUUGUUUUUCUUUAAUUAUUUUGUUUUUAGAAAGAUAUAAAUUUUGAGUAGUAC